CGAGUACAUAUUAUACAAUACAGACAGUCAGUUGGGUUGCGCACGCGCAGCGGUGAACCGGCCGCGUUACCGGCACUUCACUGUAAAUGGAUACUACGGUCGGAGUGACUAUUUGAAAAAUAAGUUUUCUUGGGAAUAAUAUAACUAAUCAAGCAUUCAACGGUGCGGUCGGAUUCAUAGGGCUCUAAGAUGACUUCUGAAGUAAACGAAUGGUACCGAGGCCGCAAGGUUCUUGUCACUGGCGCCUCAGGUUUGAUGGGGAAAGUGCUGAUUGAGAAGCUCCUAUACAGCGUUCCAGAUAUCAGCUGCAUAUACGCACUCAUCCGCCACAAGCGCGGGAAAUCACCGGAGUCACGCAUCGAAGACAUGUGGAAAUUGCCAUUAUUCUCUAGAAUAAGAGACGAGAAACCUCAUGUCAUGAAGAAGCUGAUACCAGUUAGCGGAGAUAUCCUUUACGACAAUCUCGGAAUAGAGAAGAAAAUGUUGAACGAAUUGUAUAAUGAGGUAUCUGUUAUAUUUCACUUCGCAGCGAGCUUGCGCCUGGAAGCGCCUCUUAAAGAGGGAUUGGAGAUGAACACGAAGGGUACACUUCGGGUCCUCGACGUGGCUAAGAAUAUAAAGAACCUUGACGCCUUUGUACAUCUCUCCACAGCAUUCUGUUAUCCCGACUAUCAGCGACUCGCAGAGAAAGUACAUAGUCCUCCAGUAGAUCCUGAGGAGAUACUUCGCAUUACUAAUUGGAUGACUGACCACCAAAUGGACAUACUGACCCCAUCUCUGUACAAGAAACAUCCGAACUCCUAUACAUACUCCAAGCGGCUCGCUGAGGCAUUGGUUAAAGAUAGCUACCCUCAGCUUCCUGCCGCCGUCAUACGGCCGAGUAUUGUGACACCAUCGUAUAAGGAUCCUAUACCGGGUUGGGUAGACAACCUGAAUGGACCAGUCGGCUUGAUGGUGGGUGCCGGGAAAGGCGUCAUCAGAUCCAUGCAUUGUUACGGGCAUUGUCACGCGGAGGUCAUACCUGUAGACAUUGCUAUUAAUGCAAUUAUUGUUAUCGCAUUCAAAAUUGGAACGAUGACUGAAAGACCGCCGGAGAUUCCGGUUUACAAUUUAACUAGUGGAGAUGACAGGGAUACGACAUGGAAAGAAAUCCUGGAUAUUGGCAGGGCAACCGUUCGGAAGUACCCCUUCGAAGCACCGCUGUGGUACCCCAACGGGAACCUGAGGGGUAACAAGUUCAUACACAAUCUCUGCGUGUUCUUCUACCAUAUUGUGCCAGCCUACUUCAUAGACUUCCUCAUGUUCAUAUUUAGGCAAAAGAGAUUUAUGGUCCGCAUCCAAAACCGUAUAACCGUUGGUCUGGAAGUGCUACAAUACUUCACGACUCGAGAGUGGUGGUUCGACACACACAACUACAAGGCACUAGCACCCACAUUGAACCAUAUAGACACCCGACUGUUCCCGUUAGAUCUAACGAUAAUAGAGGUCGGGCCGUACAUAGAGAGUUGCAUUAUUGGAGGGAAACUAUACUGUUUGAAAGAAAAACUGGAGAAUCUACCUAAAGCGAGACUGCAGAAUAAUAUUUUGUUCAUCGUGGACCAGCUUGUAACUGUGUUUUUCUAUUUGUUGCUGAUAUCCUGGAUGGCGUCGUACCUGGGCUUUGUACGCGACAUACUCGCUUACGGCGGACCAUUCGUCCGGUAUUUGCCUUUUGUCGGCAAAGCUGUGUUCAACGACGAGUGAAUUUAAAACGAUAAACAUAAAUUAUAUUGUCUGUUAAGGGAUUAAAAAUAAAUAUAUUACAGUCAAAAAAAGUUGAAUAUCUAACUUUUUAUUUUUAAGUACGUCGCUUAAAAUAUGUACCUGGUAUAGUUACACGUGUUUAUUUAGUUAUAGUAAAUAUAUUUAAAAUGUAACGGGAAACUAGUUUGUACCCACGACUUCCUUUGCGUCACUGAAAUGUGUUCAUUGAUGUAAUACGAUGAUUGACAGUAGCCUAUGUCCUUACAUAAGUUACUUUUUAUUCUGAUCAAUGUCAUUCGGUUUAAGAUUUGUUAAGCCAUUAACACACGAACCGCGGACCGGUCAUUGUGAGCGGUGUUUUAAAUUCAUUACUUAAUAAUUUCAAAAUUUGUUUUCGCAGUUCAAGGUAUACAAACCACUAAGUGAUAAUUAUAUUUUUUUCGCAUCAUGCAGUAAAAAGUGGUAAAUGAAAAGUCACAAAAACUUAGCUAUCUAUAACAACAAAUUUCGGAGAUAUUAAGUAUUAAAACACAGGUCACAAUGACCGGUCCGCGGUUCGAGUGUUAAAGCGCUAAAAGGUAACAAACAUACUCACUUUCACAUUUAUAAUAUUAUAUUAGAACGGUUAAUAAUUAUAAUUGUAUAUUGAUAUUUUAUUAUUGCCGAAUAAAAUUAUUUUAUUCCGUCCACUUUUACUAAUAUUGUAAGAGCAUAAUGUAAAAUGUUUAUUGUAUUAAGUACAUAAUCAUGAAUAAAUUUAUGUAGAUAUAAUCUAAAGUUAUAUAAGCAAUUAUAUGACAUUGUAGCGACUAUAUACUUAUAUGAAAUUGCUAAGAUUAUGGUUGUGCUAAAUAAAAAAUAAUAACUAAGAACUUGAACUAAGUAAUCGUGUCUAAGAAUUAUAUGGUACACUGACUGGAAUAUAAAGUAUUAUUGUCUUUGGCUUUGGAAAAAAGGAAACAACUAUUACUUAGUGACAAAUAAAAAAAAAAUAUUAUAGUAUAUUAUACGAAGUUGGUAAGUAUGGUAAUUGGUAUUGUUGUAUUGGGAAAAAUUUAUUAUUUCCAAUUUGUGAUAGAUACAUAUUUCAUUAUCUGUAAAUAACUAUAACAAUCAAACAAUUGGUAAGGUCGGAAUUUUAUUUUUAUAAUUGUAUAACUUGUGUAAAUUAAACAAUAGAAUAUAAAUAAUAACACAUCUGUCAUUUAUGUCAUAAUAUAUACAUAAUGUACA